GGCCUUCCCUUCCUGCCUGGUAACGGGUCCUCGGGAGUUGAAAGCCCCGCAGUGGGUAGCAACGGGGCUUCUGCGGAUGGUGAUUUAAAAACGACAGGCUUUGGGUUCAUAAACCGGCUGGGUGGAAGGAAAAAACAGCCCUGCUGGGGAGAGCACCGGGAAAAAAUGUCGGCGUGGGACGGCUGGGUGCCAGCAGGGCCUGCCUGCAGCACCUGCGGCAGGGCGGUAACACGGCUUCACCUCCCCGAGGGCUUAUUCUGAAGACUGCUAUUGCAUUUCCAUGGAUUUGAAAGUGGAAGGAGCUGCUGCGUCCGCUCGAAGGCAGACUCAGCUGUCAUCGAGGGGGAAAAAACAUCAAGGGUGGAGACCAGAUACACGGGCUUCUCGUGGUCCUCGCCCACCAGAGGUGCCAUGCCUAGAUCUAAGGAGGCUGGGAGAUUCUGAUGAAGAGGAUGGGAACUCUUACGUACCAUACAGUAGGGAUUAUCCUCAUACUUGUCCUCUAGAUUCAUCUUCAGAUUGGAGAACAUCAUUACAAAUGCCACCUGCGCAGCUUCUCCCACCUCAACAGAUUUCUAGAAGGCCUUGUCAGAAGAAAACAGAGCAUUCUGUUUUAGAGCAGAAGAUAAUACCGGAAGAUCUGCCAUCCCCAGCAGACAAAUAUAAAUUGAAGUAUCGUCAGUAUGAAGCAGAUAUGAAGGAAGAAUAUAAGCAGUAUUCUGAGAGAAUUGCAGAAAAGAAAAAAGACCACCAACAGUGUCCAGAAACUUCAAUAAAGGGUACACAGCUUGAAGUUGGGCACAAGGAUGAUCUUACAGCUCUUGAUGAGAAAGCUCUCCUGCAACAGUGCUACACAAACAAGCCCUACAAUAUGCAGCACAGUGUGAGGAAAUCAGAAGCAGAGGAUGUUGCUGCAGAGCGGAGAAAACAGGCUGUGGUAGAACAAGUGAUGGUGGAUCAGUUAUCCAGAGCUGUUAUAAGUGACCCGGAACAAUCCACACGUGCUGAUGUUUCCGAGGAAGCUCAUGGACUUCUGGGACUUGGGAACAUACCCAUGCGUUUUAGAAAAAGAACACUGCAUGAAACAAAAAUAAGGACCAAAUCAGGAUUGACUGAAAGCGUUCUCUCUAACAAGCUACGCUUUGAUAGUAGGAUUGUAUCAAGAAAUGGUCGCGAUGCUUGUAGAGAGUUGAUUGGAUUCUUUUUUGCAUAUGACCGAUCCCUUACUGUGUAUGAAUUCCGACAGUUUGGAAAAAACAGAACAAAUGCCUUGCCUUUCAUUCAGAAGGGAAUUUAUCAACAUCAGCGAGGACAAAAGAAGGGAAAAGCUUAUGAUCUUAAUGACUUCUAUAUUGGAGCUAACCUAACUUUCCAAAGUGUUGAUCAUAAUCUUCCAGAAAGUGUCAAGCAGAACCCAGUCCUCACCCUUCGUGUGAUAAGUAUUGAUGAAACAGCUAUGGAUUUGCUCAAAGCUCCCUCUGAGGAAUUCAAGCAAGAAUGUUUUGAGCAAGUGACCAAUGACAGUAGAGUUUUCAAGAAGAUUCAAGGUAUGCUCAGAGAGACGCUAAGUAAAAGAGGAGUUCGGGUUGUAACAGGCCUAGGAAAGUAUUUCCGACAUAUAGACAAGAACAGAAAUGGUUUUCUCUCUCAGGCAGACUUUAAAGAAGCUCUGAAAGUAUUCCAUCUGGAAGUGCCUGAAGGGGACUUUGAAUCAUUGUGGCUUAUUCUUGAUGACAGCAAGAGUGAUAAAGUUGACUAUGGAGAAUUUGUUCGUGCCAUAUGUGGAGAAAUGAAUGAAUAUCGGAAAGCAUUUGUAAGAAAAGCUUAUAUGAAACUAGACUUCAACAAAACUGGAAGUGUUCCUAUGGUAGACAUCAGAAAAUGUUACUGUGCAAAAAAACAUCCACUAGUAUUGGCAGGCAAAGCUACAGAAGAAGAAAUUACAGCAUCAUUUCUAGAAACAUUAGGAGAGUCCUGCAGCAAUCCAAAUGAAGUGUCCUAUUCUGAGUUUGAGGAUUACUAUGAAGGAUUAAGUAUUGGAAUCAUGGAUGAUGAUGAUUUUGUUAACAUCUUAAGGAACCCUUGGGGAAUUUAGAGUGGAAGAAGACAAAUGAAAAAGAAAGACCUUCAGAACAAGAAGUGAACUAAACAAGGAAGAGUUUAGUUGUGACAUGCAUUAAUUCACAAUUAGUGUCUUAAAUUGAUUUCAAGGACUGAAAAUUGUAGAUGCGUUCAGAAUAAUACAUGUUAAUUUUCUUACAGAGUCUGUUGAGCAAUGCUAACCACUUUUCCCAUAUAAAUGGUGUCCGUGCAUUUUCACUGGCUGUUCAGCAUACCAGAAGGCACCAUUUACUUUAUAUUAGAAAAAAGUGUUUUUUCUAAUUCCCUCUUCUUUUAAACUGCUAAAAUGUGUGAGAGUAUGUGCAAUAGCAAUUUUAGUUUUGUGAUUGUGGAAAGCCUUAGAUACGAUGGUGUAAAUAUCUAUGGUAGCUUUCAGUUUUCUUUUUAUAAAAAUACUGUAUUUGUUCUUCUUAUAACAUUAUUUGCUUUGUUUCUCAUUUUUUAUGCUGGUGGUGGUCAGCCUAAGAGAGAGGCCAUCCACAUCCAAUUUGGAGGAAGACCACAGUACUGAAAAUGCAGAGAAUUUCACACCAAUUAACCUUUAAACUAGUAUCCAGACCAUCUAUGCUGAAUUUUAUUUAUUUAUUUUUCUUAUUCAGGGAUCUUCAGAUGAGCAUUGAAUCCCAAAGGCUUUAACAAGCACAAAUAUAUUUUUUAGUGUCCUUCUUUUUCUUUA